AUGGCGUCUUCGGCGGAUGUCCACGUCCGAAUUUGUGGACAAGAAAUUAUAAAAUAUGACCUAGAAAUUAAGGCUCUUGUUCAGGACAUCAUGGCUUGCCCUGGACCUCAGUCAGCGCUCUUGGAGCUCAACUCGCAGGUCAAAGAGAAGUUCAGCAAGCUCAGACACAGAAUACAGGAUCUGGAGCAGAUGGCCAGAGAGCAGGACAGUGAAACGGACAAACUGGCCAUCCUGGCAGAGACGGAGAGCCAGCGGAGGCAGAUGCUGAGUAACCAGACAGCGUGGAGGAAAGCUAACCUGGCUUGUAAACUAGCCAUAGACAGUGUGGAGAAGGACGAGCUGCUGCGUGGAGGAGAAAACCAGAGCACCAGACAGAGGAAGGCGACCAAAGAAAGCCUUGUGGAAACCAGCAGCAACAUCACGGAGAGUCUGAUGUCUAUCAGCAGGAUGAUGGCUGAACAGGUGAAGCAGAGUGAGGACACCAUCGGCACGCUGGCCACCUCCUCCAGGACGGUGCAGGAAACCAACGAGGAGUUUAAAAACAUGACGGGAACCAUUCACCUGGGGAGGAAACUGAUCCUCAAAUACAACCGGCGGGAGCUGACGGACAAGCUGCUCAUCUUCCUGGCUCUGGCCCUCUUCCUCGCCACCGUCCUCUACAUCCUCAAGAAGCGUCUCUUCCCGUUCAUUUAGCAGGCCGGCUGCCAGUUCAACGCUGUUGCUUAAAGGGGCGCGCACCCAGGAUUCAGGAAAAAUGCUUUCCAGUUAUCUUUCUCAGCAUCAAGUCAGCACACGGAGGCGGUGUCAGGUGAAAACGUAAUGUUUAGCACCCGGGUUUUUAGUUUGAACAAUAUGCAAUAUGUGGGUUUAGACUGUAUUAGAAAAGCACUUUGAAGCAUACUUAGGCCUUAAUACUUCAUCUGGCAUUCAGAACUAACCAGGUUCAAGGUAGUUGGUAUGUAAUAACCCUCCUUUUGUUUACAUUUUGUCAAAUUGUGUGUGUGUGUUCAACAUAAAUUGUGUAUGUCUGCUCAGCAUGGCUAUUCCAAAGAUGCUGUUACUGAUGCAUUUACCUUGUGCCUUUCUUCUUCCAAUUGGACAUCCAGACCACUGAGCCAGAAGUCUCAUUACUUACUUGCCAUGUUCAGUCAGACUGUGAAUGUUGAGCAGAAAGUCCUUUUUUUAAUGAAGUUGAAAACUUGCAAUAUAUUGAGGGAUUAUGUUGUGCAGCAUUUCACAGAUGCUCCAGUAGAUGGCAGGAUACCCAACAUUUAUCACCCAGAAAAGAUACACUGUGAAUUUGUAUGAACUGUUUUAGGGGACAGAACUGACUUAAUUAACACUUCUCUCUGUGACGUCAUUGUAGUUUAUUUAAUUUCAAUCAAACUUGCUUACAAAUGUAUUUUUAGAUUGAUUUAAAUAAAAACAUACAAAACAUAGCUUGAGGCCUGGGGUCUGUAUGAAAUGUGAAGUAGAACAUUAAAAAUACACAUUUA